CACUCCAAGGUCACCAUGUCCCCCUCCAUCUCCCUUCCCCUUCUCCACGAUCUUGAAUCUUCUCUCUCGCGGAACGUUGUCUCGCUCCCGAACUUACUUCUUCUUCUCUCAGGCGCUUUCGCAAUCGGCUGUUGGGCAUGGCGUCGUUUCGCCCAGAAGAAAAACUCGCCGUCGCUGCCGCCGGGACCCGCGGGUCUUCCCCUUGUCGGGAACUUGCCCUUCCUCGAUCCGGAGCUCCACACCUACUUUGCCACCCUCGCGACGACGUACGGCCCGGUCUUGAAGCUCCAGCUUGGCAGGAAGCUCAGCAUCGUCGUGACGUCCCCGGCCACUGCCCGCGAGGUGUUGAAGGACAACGACAUCACGUUCGCCAACCGCGACGUGCCCAUCGCCGGGAGGACCGCGUUCUAUGGCGGGUCGGACAUCAUCUGGAGUCCGUACGGGCCCGAGUGGAGGAUGCUCCGGAAGGUGUGCGGGCUCAAGAUGCUGAGCAACCACACGCUGGACUCCGUCUACGAGCUCCGACGGAGGGAGCUCCAAAAGACCGUGGGGUACUUCCGGCUCCGGGCUGGGUCGCCGGUGAACGUUGGGGAGCAGAUGUUCUUGACGGUGCUCAACGUGAUCACGAGCAUGUUGUGGGGUGGGACGGUGCGGGGCGAGGACAGGGAGAGCUUGGGUGCUGAUUUCAGGCAGGCGAUUUCAAAUUUGACGAAACUUCUUGGGAAGCCAAAUAUUUCGGACUUUUAUCCCAGUCUGGCUCGAUUCGAUUUGCAAGGGAUAGAGAGGCAAAUGAAGGGGUUGGCGAAGCGGUUCGAUGGAAUUUUUGAGAAGAUGAUUGAGCAGAGGUUGAAGAUGCAGAGAGAUGGCGGAAUCGAGGAGAGCAAAGAUUUCUUGCAGUUUCUGUUGGAGUGGAACAACGAGGAAGAUGCCAAGACUCCUCUCACGAUGACUGGCCUGAAAGCUCUGCUCAUGGACAUGUUGGUUGGUGGAACAGACACAUCCUCCAACACAAUCGAGUUUGCCAUGGCUGAGAUCAUGAACAAACCUAGUGUUCUGAGAAAAAUCCAGCAAGAACUGGAAACUGCGGUCGGCAAAGACAACGUAGUAGAAGAAUCUCACAUCCCUAAACUGCCUUACUUACAAGCUGUCAUGAAAGAGUCGCUGAGGUUGCACCCGCCAGUCCCCCUGCUGAUCCCGCACUGCCCGAGCGCGACUUGCACCAUCGGAGGCUACACGGUCCCGAAGUGCUCUCAGGUCUUCAUCAACGUGUGGGCGAUACACAGGGACCCUUCGAUAUGGAACGACCCUUUGAAGUUCAAUCCCGACAGGUUCUUGCACGGUGAGGUUGACUUCAAUGGGCACAAUUUCAAUUACUUGCCUUUCGGGUCCGGGAGGAGAACAUGCAUGGGAAUAUUGAUGGCUGAGAGGACGGUGCUAUACUCGCUCGCCACACUCUUGCACUCCUUCGACUGGAAGCUGCCGGAGGGGGAGAAGAUGGAUCUGACGGAGCAGUUUGGGAUCGUCAUGAAGAAGAAAAAGCCUCUAAUGGCUGUUCCUUCGCCGAGGUUCUCUGAUCCUCAGCUUUAUGAAUGAGAUAUUAGUGGAACGCACCGUAUGCACAGGUGCAUCCUGGUAUGGUUUCUUUAUAUAAGCCUAUUUGUCUAAAAUAAAGGA